UGGACGUAAACAAAAUGCCACGAGCUUAUUUAUUCGUACACAGUGGCGGGAGCAACGAGAUAAGACCAGAUGGCAAUUUCAUUUGUUGCGCUGCAUCUGUACGGAAUAAAUAUAGCAGAGAGAACAGACCAGUGGUCGGGAAGCGGCAUUAUUUUGCUCCUAGUCUGGGAGUCUGCAGCGAAUGUGCUGAGCAAAACGUUCGAGAAAGGUCCAGGAAAACAUUAAAUGUUGAGGCGUGACAAAGGCAAUAUGUUGAGAAUUCUUGGAACUCCUCUUGCAUAUUUGCUAAUUUUUACACAUGCUUGGUCAUCUGAAGCACUGGACCCACAAAUGGUGACUCUCGCUUUGCUGGACAGGAUACACGAACCAAUUUUAAUACCGAAGGGCGAACGUUACCCCAUUGCUUUUAAUGUCCCAAACAGCUACAUUAGCAGCAACAUUCAGCCAUUUCAAGAGUAUUUGCAAAGUGAAGCAUCUAUGUCCACAGUGUAUGAAACAAUUAAAAUCCAGCCAAAUCCUAACAUUGAGGGUGCCAUAAAAAAAUUUGGAGCUCUCCCUAAGACUGUCACAUUUACCACUUUUAUUCCAAUGCACAUGGAACUAGCAAGUGAAUUAACUGAAUUCUUUAUAGGACAAAACACAAGUACGCAGUUUUUCACGACGGCUGCCGCUGUGAGAGACAAUAUCAAUCCUGGCCUCUUUGUCCACGCUUUUUCCCUGGCAGUCACCCACAGAAGCGACUGCCUGAAUGUUAAGCUGCCGCCUCUGUACGAAAUUUUUCCUGGAAAAUUUUUCAGUAGCGCAUCGCUCACCAACAUGAGGCAAACCGCGAUGAUGCUUGUUAAUUCAGGACCGAGUCAAAGAAAUUUGGACAAGGCUGCAGGACAGGCAUUUCUAGAUUUGGAGAACAAUCCAACCGCUUCAGAUCGUGAGCCGGAACACAAACUUGCAUAUUUCCGCGAGGAUGUUGGUUUGAAUUUGCACCAUUGGAAUUGGCACCUCAUGUAUCCAUUCAGUGGUCCAAAAGAGAUAGUGAACAAGGAUCGUAGAGGAGAACUCUUUUAUUAUGCUCACCAACAAAUUAUGGCUCGCUACAAUUUUGAGCGACUGACCAACUCCAUGCUCUUCACUGAAAAAAUAUCAGAUUUUAAGGCUCCCAUCAAGGAGGGAUAUUUCCCAAAACUUUUCACCAACUCCGCAACGAAAAACUGGGCUGCUCGUGCUCCAUACUCAGUUUUAAAAGAUAUUGACAGAGAGGCAGAUGAAGUGAUUUUUGAAAUCAGAGAAUUAGAGGAGUGGAGAGCUCGGAUCAUGGAUACCAUUUACAAAGGAAGAGCUCAAAAUCCAGACGGCACAACACAAGUGCUUGACGCAUUUGGAGGCAUCGACAUUUUAGGAAAUAUUGUUGAACCGACCGUGCAUGGCAUUAACCUUCAAUACUACAACAAUUUUCACAACUUCUUGCACCUAGCAAUCGCGUGGAGCCACGAUCCUACGGGUACUCAUUUAGAAACAGUCUCCGUCAUUGGGGAGACGCAGACGGCGAUGCGAGAUCCAGUGUUUUAUAGAAUUCAUGGAUUAGUCAAUUACAUGUUUCAACAACACAAAGACACACUACCUUCAUACACCACAAGUGAUCUGGAGUUUAAAAAGAUUAGCCUUGUAAAUUUGGAGAUAGUCACGGAUGCUAAGCCAAACACCUUUUACACUUUCUGGGGAAAGCGUCAAGUUGACCUAAGCCGGGGUUUGGACUUUUUCCCGAGGAAUCCCGUCUCUAUACAAUUUAAACAUUUGGAUCAUCGAAACUUCUCCUACUAUAUCAAGGUCAAUAGCGACUAUCCUGUUCCAAAAAAGGCUUUGAUUCGGAUUUUCUUAGGCCCAAAGUUUGGAGAUACAGGCGAGGAACUAAGUUUCAAUAAACAGAGAAAAUUGUUUUUUGAGCUGGACAAAUUCGAUGUUACGUUGAAGAAAGGCUAUAAUACGAUUAUAAGAAAAUCAAUUGAUUCAACUGUGACUGUGCCAUUUGCACAGUCGGCUAAAACUUUGGAAUACAAUGAAAGCACGUCCAACGAUCCUGGACGAUGCGGCUGUGGCUGGCCGCACAAUCUGCUGAUCCCCAAAGGAAACCAAACCGGCUACCCUGGCGUGAUUUUUGCCAUGGUAUCUGAUUAUGGAUCGGAUAUCAUUGCCCAAACGAUUAGGAUACAAGCUGGAGAAUGUAAAAUUGCCGCGUCUUAUUGCGGGAUCUUCAACAAGAAGUACCCUGACAAGAGGGCAAUGGGCUACCCGUUCGACCGUGCGAGCUCAGCAAAGACCCUGUCAGAGUUCAUCAUUCCGAAUAUGUACACCAGAGUGGUGAAUAUUGUCCACGAAGAUGUUACGAAGAGCACUUAAUAACGAAGCUAAUUUUGAGUGCAUGAAUAAAAGCUGGUUUUAUUCGAAUUGUAAA